AUGGCGGAAGGAAGAAAGACUAAUCUGAUUAAAGAAAGGAUUUUUGAUAUGAUUUUUUCAAGCCACCACUUUGAGGUUCUAAGUGACAUCCAGUCUCCAUUUAUUGCAAAUUCCUCAGAUAAGAAAUACAGGCUAGAGAUGUGCUCUCGUCGGCUGCCUCCCGAGAGGAGAGGCCCUCCCCACUUCCAGGCCAAGUUCCUGCUGUAUUCCAACAGGGUGGAGCAAGGCUGCCUGAUGGAGCCAGGCCAGGAGGAGGCGCUCCAGCGGUGUCCCUUCAACGCCUCCGUCCCGCUGGUGAUGAUCAUCCAUGGGUGGUCGGUGGACAGGCAACUCGAAGGAUGGAUUUGGAAACUGUCCGAAGAGCUCAAAACCCAACUGCCUUACACCAAUGUCAUCAUCGCCGAUUGGCUCUCUCUUGCACACGCACAUUACCCCAUUGCAGUCCAGAACACACGCGACAUUGGCCAAGAGAUCGCUCGCUUCCUGGAAUGGCUGGAGGAAUCCAUGCAGUUUCACCGGAGCAAUGCUCACCUGGUGGGGUACAGCCUGGGGGCCCACGUAGCCGGUUUUGCUGGCAGCUCCAUGAGAGGCAACGGGAAGAUUGGCAGGAUCACUGGCCUGGACCCUGCUGGCCCCCUCUUUGAAGGCAUGUCCCCCACGGACCGUCUAUCGCCAGAUGAUGCCAACUUUGUGGAUGCCAUCCACACCUUUACCCAGCAGCACAUGGGCCUCAGCGUGGGCAUCAAGCAGCCUGUGGCGCACUUUGACUUCUACCCCAAUGGGGGAACUUUUCAGCCUGGCUGCCACAUCAUGCAUGUUUAUAACCACAUUGUGCAGUACGGAAUCACAGGGCUGACCCAGACGGUGAAAUGUGCCCACGAGAGGUCAGUUCAUCUCUUUAUUGACUCCCUGCGGUACAGCCAGAAGCAGAUCACCGGCUAUUGGUGCAAAAACAUGCAGAUGUUUGACAAGGGACGCUGCCUUGACUGCCGGGCCAACCGGUGCAACACCCUGGGCUAUCACAUUCGGAAGGCCAGGGUCCCGGGCAGCCAGAGGCUCUUCCUGAAGACCCAACCUCAGAUGCCAUUCAAAGUUUAUCACUAUCAGUUUAAAAUCCAUUUCAUCCACGAAUUCCAAGAACCACGAAUUGAUCCAACAUUCACCAUCUCGCUGACAGGCAACAAAGACGACGUAGAAAAUCUCUCCAUCACUUUAAUUGAAGGCAUCACUCAGAAUAAAACCUACACUUUUCUUGUUCCUCUGGAUAUUGAUAUUGGAGAGCUGAUGAUGAUCAAACUGAAAUGGGAAGGAACGGCCAUCUGGGAAAACAUUUGGGACACUGUCCAAACCAUCAUCCCUUGGAGAAAGGGGGACCGUCGGCCAGGACUCAUCGUGAUGUCCAUUCGGGUUAAGGCAGGAGAAACUCAGCAGAAAAUGACAUUCUGUUCUCAGCGUGUGGAUAAUUUGCACCUCUAUCCAGGUCACGAGAAAAUGUUUGUGAGAUGCGAAGUCAGUUCCCAAAAACUGAAAUGA